CUGGGUAAGGAGGCCCAACAAGGGCGUUUGGUCUGUCGCUGACAGGCGGUCGGCUGGACAUGUCGGACCUUCUUCGGCCAUCCAGAAAGCUAGUUUGAAGCUAAUUCAAGCGACGUAAGGUGGCUCUGGAGCCCUGGACGGGGCAGGAGGCUGCUAGUUAUUUCCCGGAGAAGAUGGAGGUGACGACGGAGGGAGAGGUGGAGGAACGCAGGCGGGAGCACUGGAAGCUGCUGUCCAGUCUGAAGACCACGGUGGAAGGCCUGGUGUCCACCAACAACCCCAACGUAUGGUCACGUUACGGCGGCUUGCAGAGGCUCCACAAAGACAUGAACAACAUCCUAAGUCAUGAACUGAAGAACGAUCAGGUGUACUACAAGCAGAAAGACUACUGGGCGUUUGUGUGGUGCGUUCGCUUUAUCAGCCCUCACCUGGCCUCACAUGUGGAACAGUUCAAUCUGUUGGAGCCUGUGCUGAGUGGGGGAGGUCAGGUCGGGGGGGAGAGUUAUAAGGCAGAGCGCUGGUUGCUGCACAGCCUACAGGCUCACAUGCUCUCCGCCCAGCUCCACCCACUCCUCCACCACUUGGAACACACACGCAAGUACUACAACGACGAGGCGUUCCUGCUGAGCGAGCCUCAUGUGACGGCCAUGUUUCAGUGUCUGGAGGCAGUUGAGCAGAACAACCCCAGGCUGCUGGCCCUGAUAGACACAGUUGGGUUGUCUCCACUGAAGGGCCCUCCAUGUCUGGGUCUGCUGAAGAGCCAGAGUCUCUGUGUGCUGCCGGGAGCGGGCGGAGCCUGGAGGAGCGCCACCUCCAGAGAGGAGACCUUGAGCCGCAGGCUAACUACGUCCAACGUCUCCCUCAGAGAUGCCCACGCCACCGUCCGACACACCGCCACCUCCUCCCAGAACGCAACCAACAGAGCAACUGGCCUGGGCGCUCCCUGGGAGUGUGUGUCCGGGCCGGGAGACACACCUGCUCCUGCCUCCGCCACCGUCCCCCACAUCUCCCUCACCAAGCCCCCCUCUCUCACCGAGGCCCACCCCGAGGCAUGCGACUCAGGUGAGGGGGACUAUGAUGAUGGGCCGGAGUACCUGGCCAUCGGGAACCUGGGAAAACACAGCUCUAACUCCAGAGGCUCCACCCCCAGCUGUGGGCAGGCAGAGGGAGAGAAACAGAACACCCUGGCUGUUGCUCCACCCCCUCCCCGACGGUCCUCUUUCUCCGAGGGCCAGAGGGGGCUUGGCCGGGCGCCUCGAGGCCACACCCGCUCGCUGUCCGACACGGGGGUCAACCAGAAACACCGGCAUGAGUCCGGAGGGGACGACUGCUGUAUGAAGGACUACAACCCCUUCUCACCACAGAGCAGUGAUUCAAGCACACCCAGUUCCAUCUACAUGGAGGCUAAUGGCUCCCAGUACAGCAGUGUUCCAGACUGUAUGUUCCGGAAGCCUUCGGAGGGGCAGAGCCUCAUCAGCUACCUGUCGGAGCAGGACUUUGGCAGCUGUGCUGACCUUGAGAAGGAGAACGCCCACUUCAGCAUCUCCGAGUCGCUGAUCGCAGCCAUUGAGCUGAUGAAGUGUAACCUUCGUCGUCAUGAGUGUGAGGAAGAGGAGGGUGAUAGCGACAGUGAGAUCCAGCAGCUGAAGCAGAAGAUCCGUCUGCGGAGGCAGCAAAUCCGCCGCACCCGCCUGCCGCCCUGCGUGUCGUCUCAGCACCUGUUUCACUCUACAGACAGUGGAGGAUCCAGGAGGAGUUCCCAGGACUCCUCUCAGGGUCUGUCAGACUCCGGAUCAGCUGAGGAGGUGGAGGAAUGUGAACUGCGAGAUGGCUGUGAGGGUCGCUCCCUGCUGGAGGUGUCCCAGAGCGGCCUCUCGCUGUCGCUCGCCUCCCUCUUCUCAGAUGCAGACAUCAAGCGCAGCGUGACGUCCAGCAGCAGGUCUUUCUUCAGCUCAGACUCUCUUUCUCGGUCGCUCUUGCAGUCCAACUCAGCAGAGUCGGUGGCCAUGGGUCUCCUCAGACAGUUUGAGGGGAUGCAACUUCCUGCUGCCUCAGAGCUCGACUGGCUGGUACCAGAACACGACGCUCCACAGAAGCUGCUGCCCAUCCCCGACUCUCUGCCCAUCUCCCCAGAUGACGGUGAGCACGCUGACAUCUACAAGCUGAGGAUCCGUGUGCGAGGCAACCUGGAGUGGGCGCCGCCCCGGCCGCAGAUCAUCUUCAAUAUCCACCCGGCCCCCAAGAGGAAGACGGUGGUCGCCAAACAGAACUACCGCUGUGCUGGCUGUGGCAUCCGCGUUGACCCAGAUUACAUCAAGCGACUCCGCUACUGUGAAUACAUCGGUCGUUACUUCUGCCAAUGCUGCCACGAGAACGCCCAGACGGUUGUCCCCGGCCGCGUGCUCAGGAAGUGGGACUUCAGUAAAUACUACGUCAGCAACUUUGCCCGGGACUUGUUGAGCAAGAUUGCCGGGGACCCCCUGUUCAACCCCAAUGACAUCAACAGUGGUUUAUACAAGAAGAACAAAGCUCUGGAGACAGUCAGGGUGUUAAGAGUGCAGCUGUUUCACAUGAAAAACCUCCUCAAGACCUGUCGCCUGGCUAAAGGUGUGCUGGACCAGUUCGACACUCUGCCAGGUCACCUGACUGAAGACCUCCACCUCUUUUCUCUCAAUGACCUCACCGCCGUGCGUAACGGAGAGCUGGCCCCCCGCAUGAAAGAGCUGCUGAAACUUGGUUCCACGCAUGUAGCUGGCUGUGUGCUGUGCCAGGCCAAAGGCUUCGUGUGUGAGUUCUGUGGGAAUGACAAAGACAUCAUCUUCCCCUUCCAGCUGAACAAGUGCCAGCGUUGUGAAGAAUGCCAUGCCUGUUACCACCGUGGCUGUUUCCGGGCAGGCAGAGACUGCCCGCGGUGCCAGCGUCUGGCAGAGCGGCGGGAGAAGAUGGCACGUCGGAACAUGGAGGAACAGGAAGACGAGGGAGGUGGGAGCUAGUGUGAGCCGCCGAGGAGGAGACGAAAAGGAGCACAACGUGACCGUGAUGAUUGUAGUGACUUGCCUUUCCCUUUCAGACUGCUGCCUGUUUGUUUUAGUCCGUGGAGCGCGCCAAGCGGACGGGGUGUGUCACACGAGAUUUACUCAGAGGAGCUGAUGAGUUUCAGACUGGGAGAUUGUCUAAACUCCAUACUUGCUGUGGCAAACCCUGUCUGCUCUGCACCGAGAUGGACAGAAAACCCGUUUAAAGGUCCGCAGCAAUACUCUAAUCCAGACCUGCUUUCUCUUAAAUCCAGAUUUAGCUUCCUGUCUACGAGUGCAGCUUCCACUGAGCGCUGAAACUCUGCUGUUCUUACCGGCUGCUGGUUUAGCUUGAGGUCCGUCUGUUUCUCUUAACCAGAGUUUGCAGGAAUAUUUCAGUUUUGCGUUGCUUUUCAAACUGAUUGCCAAGUAAACCUGCAGGCUCUCCUGUCUGCCUCUAGGGUUUGGUUUGUGUAGCGCGGACGUUGGGGGGCUGAGUUGUCGUUUUUAAGCGGAGGGCGCUGAAAUAAUCCCUUUAAUGGCAGAACUACCUGUUCCCGUCCCGUUUUAAGAUGUUUUAGCUGAGCUAACGUGCCUCUGGGACCAAUGCACUGACACUGCUGGAGCCACAUCGGUAACCAAAACAUGGACUGGCGAUACUGGACUAUGUGGGGUGGGGGGUGGGGCAGUCGGUGUGGCAAUUUUUUUUUUUUUUAAAGGGGUCUGUGAUGAUUUGGUGUGUGUGUGUGUGUGUGUGUGUGUGCUGUCCAUGCAUUUUGCAUCAGCCUAACCGGGCACUUCAGCGUUUCCUUUUAAUGACUGGUCUUGAUUAACGGCGGCCGUGUGUGGUUGCACUAACCUGGUGUGUUUGUGUUGGAGGGGGAUGCCACUUUGGGUUCUUUUACAUUCUGUUUAAACACAAACCUUCACUUUUACGACUCCUAACCCACCGCUGGCUUAUAAAGCUGCUCUCACCGGGUCUCCUUAUCCACGUCGUCCCCUCUGGAACGAGCUGAACGGCGUCUGCUCGCAGAAGGCCGCCGGUCUGGAGACAGACCCUAGCCGAGGUUCGUGUUCACGUGAGGAGCAUCUCGACUUCCCCUUUCUGCAGAGUAAAGAUGAUCUGAGCUUCUCCAGUAUCAGCUGAACUUGUCCCUUUUCACAUGAUGGGUCACUGUCCCUCGGCGUGACCCAUCAUGGACUCCUUCUCACGAGGGAUCUGCUCAGAGAAGUUCCAGUCAGCUGUGGAAAGUUUUUCUGGAACUUUCCUUUCAUUUCCCCAUCAGUAGAUUCAAGUAGAUUCAAAAUGAAGCCUGAAUAAAAGAUCUAGAAGAUCGCGUUGACCAGAACGAUGCAGUGAGACCAGAUGAUGACAGAACCCGGUGUCACCUUGAGGUUGUUGAAGUCAUUUGGAGAACAAAAGUCUAAACUGUUGAAGCCGCUGAUGCUAAAAUCAGAAUGGAGCCAGGACGGACCGCAGCUCAGCGUUUGUUGUGGGCUGCUUUUCUGAGAGGACGAGACACGAACGCGCCUUGAACCCUGAGAACACCGCGAGUGUUUCCGUGCAAUAACUUCAGUCGUCGUCCCUUCGCCUGCUCAACACGCCGCGUGUGGGUUUCAGACAGGCGGCUUUUAAAAAGCGUCGCUGAGCGUUCAAGCUGCUGUUGAGCAUGAGUUAACUCUCCGCUGAGGAUUCUCUGCUCGUGGACGGGUCUUCUGACACGCAGACCUGCACAGUUGAAAAUGCACUACAGAGGAAAUGACUCCUUAUAAAUACUGAUUGCUAUUCUGAUUAAUUUUGUGUUUGUGUUAAUUUGCUUUUGUGUAAUUCUGUUGAUAAUAAAAGACUGGCCAGA